AUAAAACGAGUGCACAAGGACCGUCCAAAUUGUUGGCACGGUGAUUAAGGAUGAAGUCUAUAAUCUUUGAACGAUUCUUGGAAAUGUGAAUGGCCCCUCAUAAAUUAUGCCCACAUUAUUUUGUGAAUCAUCAGUUCUCACCAAAGCAUCAAUCAUCCAACUACCACCCACUAUUACUAGCUACCGACACGCACGUGCUGAUUACUGCAAGCGUGGUUUACCAGUAGAAGGUGUCCUGCAGCUUCACGAAUCGUGAUGCAAAAAGCCUAUUACGUUCGAAUGCCUUUGAAAUUGACAGGUUGUAUGUGUCACAACCCCAGAUACAAAGCGCAUUCUAUUUGUUAUCAAGGUUAUGAAUAAUAAUGGCACAAAUAGCUAAUCGGCCGUAGCUAAAUGACAGUAGAGUUUGCAUUAUCGCUAGGAACAACUUUUUUUUCGGCCCGUCAUUAAUGUUCGAUAACAUUAGUUACUCAACCAUUAAAAACGGUCCAAACAACCAGCUCUGCUACGCUCCUGUUAAUUAUUCCUUUAUCCUGUUGUAUCGGAAUAGAUGACGAGCGCAGAUAAUCGCGUGUCCAACACGCUACUCUGCCGGGCUCAAUGCACCGAACCAGAAUGAUAUAUGUACCAACUGACACGCGGGCGCUUGUUCUAACUGUGACACCCCAUAAGCGGAAAAUGAUUUUCCUUCGCCGUCUCAUUGAGUGACACGACCUUCAUGUGUGCACACAUCCUUGAAUUGAUUGAGUAAACAUAAAGCGCGGGCAUCGGCUCUGCUAUGCGAAGGUCUUCAUGCCACCGUACAGGUUGUUGUAACAAUCGAUAUUACGAUUCGCGUGGCGGGUGUCUGCAUAGUUGAAUCAGUGGAAGCGCGCUGGCGAGAUGUACCAUGGGAUGUACCCCAUCAAGCACGGCGGUCGAAGAAGAAAGCUUCGCUCGAAACACUCCGGUGAGGAGGAUCGCGAAGACCUUUGUUGGAUUACCGGAAGAUUCGUAUCCUGUGGAGAGCGCUGUGUUGAAGCCAAUAGAAACCGCAACCCAGGCGUAUCAACGACUGGACGAGGAAAUAUGUGCGCUGGAGAGUACUAGUCCUGGACCUCGUCUCUUGACGGCGGAAGCGUGGAUUGAACAUCUGGAAACUGUAUUCCAGAAAUCCGAUGCCACCAGCGAGUUGUACGAUCAUGAUACUAAUUUGAUUUUGGAUGUGCGAUUAAAUGACGUUCCGAAUGGAGGAGUAGGUUUAUCCAGUUCAGAAACUGCUGAAGCGGCUUCCAAUCGUGGUAGAGACGACACGGCUAAGGUUCGUCGUUUGGCCAUAAAACUGGACAUAGCAGUGGAUCCAGUGCAGGCAGCACGUCAAGAGGAGUUCAUUGCCCGCAUAUCUCGCUCUGCGAUGGGACUCGAGGCCAGAAGCUAUCACACCGACACUAUCGAUCACGCUCGUGCACGAAUAAUAAAGCUUCGACAGAGCUUUGUACGGCUCCAGGCCCUCUACUUGGAGUUGGAUCGUUUGAUUGUCACCGCCAACAAUGGAGCUUACGUUUCGACGCAGGAGCAGCAUCUUGAUGAGGAACUGGAGUCAGCACGUGAAAUACGAGAUCGCUUAGGAGGAGUCACUGAGCAGUGGCGAACUGCUGGACUGUUGAUGAGAGCUGCACUGAAAGGGCUUCUACAAGCAGUGGAAUACUGGAGUCUAGUUGGCCAAACGUCUACCGCUCCGGAGAAAAUAUCUCUUGCACUAGAUUGUCGAUCAGUUUGCCACGGUUCCUUGAUUGCGCUGGAAGUUGCUCAGGCAGCCUUGCCACAGGUGGAAAUUCCUUUCGUAACACUUCGACAGCAAUCAGCUGUCAAACAUGGGUUGAUAUACAUGUUGACAGAUAUGGUAAAUCCAGCACGCUAUCGACACACCAAAUAUGUUUUAGAGGGAUUCCAAGCAAAUGUCGACAAAUCAGUGAAGUGGUUACAUGAUACGUUUACUGGAACGCUGAAAAAAGAUUUCGAUGAAGCAGACCAAACAGUGAUAUCUAUAGCUAAAAAGUUAAGAGAAAUUAGGAAACAGUACGUCAGUCAGCGGCUGGGACACAAACCCUAUGUCAGACCUACGAUGGCAAAGACCGACAAACGGUAA